GGUGCACCCCGAGACCCCGGUAGCCGCGCUUCGCGGAGCUGCAGUGGUGAUGAUGGAUGAGCCCUGGUGGGAAGGGCGAGUCGCCUCGGACGUCCACUGCACCCUGCGCGAGAAGAAGCUGGAAAUUGGAGACCAGGUGUUGGCAGGGACACACUGAGAAGGAUCCGAGGGGAAUCUGUCCUUCUUGCAUUUGAAUUUUGGUGGAUGCUGUCAAUCUUUGGCUCUGCUUGGCUUGUAGCUUCCUCACUCCAUCCUCAUGUAGGCCAUGGAUCUGUGGCCCAGUUACUUCUUCUGGAACUGAAGCUGCCUGCCUUCCGAGCCCACUCCCCACUCCUGAAGAGCCGCCGGUUCUUCGUGGACGUCCUGACUCUGCUGAGCAGCCACUGCCAGCUGUGCCCUGCGGCCCGGCACCUGGCCAUCUAUCUGCUGGACCACUUCAUGGACCGUUAUAACAUCACCACCUCCAAGCAGCUGUACACUGCGGCGGUCUCCUGCCUCCUGCUCGCCAGUAAGUUUGAGGAUAGAGAAGACCAUGUGCCCAAGUUGGAGCAGAUAAACAGCACGAGGAUCCUGAGCAGCCAGAACUUCUCCCUCGGCAAGAAGGAGCUGCUGAGCACAGAGCUGCUGCUCCUGGAGGCCUUCGGCUGGAACCUCUGUCUGCCCACGCCCGCGCACUUCCUGGACUACUACCUCUUGGCCUCCGUCAGCCAGAAGGACCACCACUGCCAUGCCUGGCCCACCGUCUGCCCCCGCAAGACCAAAGAGUGCCUCAAGGAGUACGCCCACUACUUCCUCGAGGUCACCCUGCAAGAUCACAUAUUCUACAAAUUCCAGCCCUCCAUGAUCGCUGCUGCCUGUGUCGGGGCCUCCAGGAUCUGCCUGCAGCUGUCUCCCUGCUGGACCACAGAGCUGCAGAGGAUCUCGAACUAUUCCCUGGAACAUCUCAGUGCCUGCAUCGAAAUCCUGCUGGUUGCAUAUGACAGUGUCCUCAAGGAUGCCGUUGCGGUCAAGAGCCAGGCCUUGGCAAUGGUGCCAGGCACGCCGCCACCCCCCACCCAAGUGCUGUUCCACCCACCCGUCUACCCUGCACUCAGCCAGCCGACGGCCACCCUGGCCCAGCUCCAGGCCCCCGUGCAGGACCUGUGCUUUGCCUACCGGGACUCACUGCAGGCCCACCGUUCCAGGAGCCUGCUCUCAGCGGCCACAGGCCUGUCCCUCCACAGCCCGUACCCCACCCUCCAGCCCCUGGACAUGUGUCCCGUGCCCCUCCCUGCGCCCCUCACCAUGCAGAUGGCCAUUGCAGCCGAGCCGAGGCACUGCCUUGCUACCACCUAUGGAAGCAGCUACUUCGGUGGUGGCCACUUGUUUCCCGCAGGCUGUUUUGAUAGAUAGCCUGUGUAGGGAAGCCUCGAAGACCCAGGUGGAGCAAGAGAGCCUGAAGAGGAGAACUGAGCCAGGGGAGGCAGCAGGAAACCAUCCCUGAAGAGCCUGGUGCCCUUGGAUGAGGAGGGGUCAGGCUGUUUUUAAACAAAACUAGCCCAGAGCAAAACCUUCAGGGACAGACCUGGCUGGUGAGAGCCCCUCGGAAAAACCUCCACACUGGCCUGGGGUACAGAGAGGUGGCGUGGUGGCCAGUGUCAAGCAGGGCUGGAGUGAAUCAAGAAAGACUUGGUAAGAAAGAGGCCAGGGGAUGAGAAACUGUACGCAGACCACUCACCCAGAGACUUCUCUGCUCUUUGCCGAUAGCAGUUACACCACUGAGAACAGAGGCGCAUCCUGAUGUGAGCUCAGGACUCCCACGAAGUGUGCAGUGCCAUCUCUCAACAUCUGUCCCUAGCUCCAGACCAGAAGGGCCCUGGGCUUGCUUGCGCCUGCAGGGCCCAGUGGGUGGCUCUUGUCUUUGUUGUUGACCCUGAAACCUUUCUCGACCUCUUAGAUAUUUCACAUGCUGCUGCUUCUCCAAGUGAUCUAGCUUUCUGUCCUGCAAGAUGUCUUGUUUACAUACUGCGUCAGGGAUUUUGUGAUACUUGAAAAUUCCUUAACAUAAAAACAAAAUUGUAAUUCCCACACUGCCCAUCCCAGGUGAGGCUGUUUUACCUCAGCUUGUGAGGGACCCGAGGGGAACAACAGAGCUUCAUUUUCAGAAGCAGAGGGUUGAGGGGCUCUCCGUUCCAGAAGAUUCCACCACUUGGAUGCUGUCUUCAUCUGUAGGACUUCGCUAAACCACUCGGGAGGGAACUGGUGUUAAAGACAAAGGCUUGACCAAGGGUGAGACAAUCCCACCUCCCUCCACCACGUGCGUACAGUACGUGGGGUUAACCCAGCCGAGGCUUUUAGCUGGGCCAGUGUGGGAGGUUUGCCUACCGCCGCUUGGAUCUGGAUAGCGGUUGUGCAUGCAUGGUGUGUGACACUGCACUGCCACCACUGGCAGGCAAGGGGGUGGUGGAUGGAAAGCCAGUAUUCGGGGAUCUGCUGCAGAAGGGAUCUCAGGAAGACUCUUGUAACCAUGUGCAAUAUGCUUCUAUUCUGACUUGUAGCUUGGUCUCAGCAUGUUUUGGGUUGGUUUGUUGUCAGGGGACACACAUUGUUCGCCCGUCGGAACUGGGAGGUGCAGAGGACCACAGAAGCAGUUUUUGUUGUUUGUUGUUUGUUUUUUUAAGAAGAAGCCAUCUUGGUUUUCUAGACUCAUUUGCCAGUCUAGGAGACAGCAGCGGGGGGCCACCAGGAAGGAUUUGAAGAUGGUGAAGCUUUUUACACAGAUGAGAAUCUCAGCGUGCAAGCGGUAAGAGACCAGAUGUGGAUAAUGCGCUGCAGCUUUGCCACUCUAGCAUAGGAAAGUGCACAGUUCGUUUGUUGUUUUUCUUUUUCCUUUGCUGACCUCUUUCUAUUUAUGUGCAACUUGUUUGGAUUCCAAGUUAUUGUAUCUGUCUUCUGGGGCUGGGGGCUUGUGACGGGCUCCCUCAGUCACACCAGCUCCCAGAAAUACGCAACUGCAAUAAACAUGUCACCUGCUGUUA